AUGUAUUAACAUUCUUCAAAUACUCUAAAAAUUGAUUGGGAAUGUUAAGGUCUUGAUAAUGAACCUAUUGAAGCUUACUGUGGAUUUUAUCAGUUUUAUAUCACUGUUCAUUAUUGUAGAACUGGUUGUCAAACUUGCAUAAAUGAAAUCGAUUGUGCAAAUCCAAAUACAGUGUUAAUUACAACAUGCUCAGAUAAUUAUUACUAUGAUUGGAAUUCUAAUUAAUGUUUGAUUUGUCCAAAUAAUUGUUUAACUUGCACAUCUUUAUAAAAUUGUUUAACGUGUAAAAUAGGAUUCAUUAAUCCUCUUUAAGGAUGUAUUUGUUCUCCUAAUUCUUAUUUUGAUUAAAUACAGGAAUAAUGUAUAUAGUGUUCUUAAAAUUGUGAUAGAUGUAUUAAUAAUUUAAUAUGCACCUAAUGUGAUUUUAAAAAGUUUAGAGUAUUAAUUAAUAAUUAAUGUGUUUGUAAUGAAGGUUAUUUUGAUGAUAAUUAAAAUUGUUAAGAAUGCAUUUAAUUUUGUAAGAAAUGCACUUCAUAAUAUGAUUGUGAAGAUUGUAUUUUAGGAUUUAUUCUUAAUAAUGAUUAUCUCAAUUGUGAAAUGCCUAUAAAUUAAUAUUAUGCUAUAAGUCUUGAUUAGUUUUUUGAGUGUCCUUAGAAUACUUAAUGUGAUCCUUGUAAUUCAAAUUAUAUUGAUUGCAAUUGUGGGGAUGGUCUAAUUACUUAAAUUGAAGAAUGUGAUGAUAGAAAUAUUUAUGCAAAUGAUGGAUGCUAUAAUUGUAAAUUAGAAUGUUAACCUCAGUGUACAAAAUGUGUAAGAGGAGUAUGUUAUGAAUGUGCAACUAUAGGUUGGUAUUUAGAUACUUAAAUAAAUAAUUAUAUUUGUAAAGAAUAAUGCAGAGAUGAAAAAAUAGUAGGAAUUGAAAAAUGUGAUGAUGCUAUUGAAUCAACUAGAAAAAUUUGUAAGAAUUGUUAAUUUUAUUGCUAUCCAGAUUGUUUAGAGUGCAAUUAUGAUUUAGGUUAAUGUUUAAGAUGUAGAGAGGGUUUAAACCCAUAUUCUAAUUAUUGUAAAAACAUUUGUGGAGAUGGAAUAAUUGUUUCAGCUCCUGAUAUUAAAUAUAUGGAACAGUGUGAUGAUGCUAAUUUAGCUGAUGAUAAUGAUGGUUGCACAUCAGAUUGUAAUUUUAAAUGUUAAAAUACAUUAAUAUGUGAUAUGUGUUUAAAUAAUAAAUGUCAUCAUUGUGUUGAUGUGUACAAAUUAAACCCAAAGUUACAUAGAUGUGAAUGUAGAGAUUCCUGUCUUAAAUGUGACCUUUCACUAGGUAAUGGAUGUAUACAAUGCAAAAUUGGAUAUCAAUUACAUAAUAAAUAAUGCUUUAGUAUUUGUGGUGAUGAAAUUGUCACACCUGAUGAAUAAUGCGAUGACGGAAAUUUGAUAUUUGAUGAUGGAUGUCAUCUUUGCUAAUAUUAUUGCUUAAAUUCAUGUGCUCUUUGUUUUAAAGGUAUUUGCUUAAAAUGUUUUGAAAAUUAUUUACUAAUCUAAGAAAGAUGUAUCGAAAUAAAUGAAAUAUAAAGUACUCCUACUUAACUUAAUAUCAAUUAUCUUUCUGAUACAUAUGACUAUUAAGAAUUAUAUUUAUUUUAUGAAUACAAUACUUAUUUAAAAGCUAUUACUCUCUAAUCAUUAGCACUAUAAAAAAAAGAGAUUAUGUAAUAAAUCUAAUCAAUAUAUUUUACAUAUUUUAAAAGUUAUCUAAUUAUAGGAUAAAAUUUGGCAUUUUUUGAUCAAAGAGAUGAUUUAAUCAUAGACUAUUUGAAAAAUAAUGAAAAUAAUAUCUUAUACACAACUUGCUCUUAAAGUGAUAUUGAAAGUUCAUCAAUUUGUUUAUCAUGCACAAAAUCAUAAUGUUUAAUGAGAAAAAGAGAAAAUAUAAAAGAAAAUAGUAAAUUGAUUUUUGGAGAUGCAAUUUUAGCUCGGAAUGAAUAAUGCAAUUAUCUGAUUUAAGAUUAUUAACAAAUAUAUUUUAAGUGUCCUCUUAAUUGUUAAUAUUGUCAUUUAGGAUUAUGUAUUAAUUGUUCUACAGGCUACUAUUUAAAUUCAAUAACAAAUUCUUGUGAUUCGAUAUGUGGAGAUUAAAUGAUAUUAAGUGAAGAAAAUUGUGAUGAUGGUAAUAAUAUUUUAUAUGAUGGUUGUUCUAAUUGUAAAUUCUAAUGUCAAGAAACAUGUAUAAAUUGUCAAUAUGGAAAAUGUUUAUCUUGUAUAGAAUCAUAUUAUUAUAAUUCAGAGUAAAAAAAAUGUUUUUAGAGAAAAUAAUGUGAUGAGUCAAAAGGAUUGUAUUAUGAUGAUCAUAAGAAUAUAUGUUUUUCAAAAUGUGGAGAUAAAAUUAAAGCUUAUGAUGAAUAAUGUGAUGAUGGAAAUGAAUAGUCUGAUGAUGGAUGUAAUUAAUGUAGAUUUUAAUGUGAAUUACUAUGUAAAAUUUGUAUAAUUGACAAAUGUAUUUAAUGUGUUGAUGGAUAUAAAAUAGAAAAUUAAGUUUGUAUAAGUACAUGCGGGGAUGGAAUAGUUCUUACGCCUGAAUAAUGUGAUGAUGGUAAUAAUGUUUCAAGAGAUGGUUGUACUUAAUGUAUGAUUGAUGCAGGAUACUAAUGUAAAAUAGAAUAACAAAAAAGUAUAUGUAACAUUUGUUAAUCAAAUUGCGAAAAUUGUAUCUAUAUAAAAGGUGAUAUCAAAUGUACUUCAUGUUUAAAAGGAUAUUUCUUAUUUGAGUAUGAAUGUAUCAAAUGUUCAGAGUAAUGCGAAGAGUGUGAAAAGACUCCAAAUAAUUGUACUUAAUGUAAAUUAGAUAAAUGUGAAAAAUGUGAUAAUAAAUAAGGAUUAUAUCUUGAUUAUAAUUUUAAAAAGUGUAUUAAUAAAUGUGGAGAUAAUAUUAAGGCAGGAGAUGAAUAAUGUGAUGAUGGUAAUAAAUUUGAUAAAGAUGGUUGUUCUUCUGUAUGUGAAAUUGAAAAUGGCUAUGAAUGUUAAUAAAAUAUUUGUUCUAAAAUUCCAGAAAAAAAAGUUGAUAUCACUUUUACUAACUCAAACUCUAAUAAUAAUUUAGCAUUAAAAAGUGAAAUUAAUUUUUUAAAUAUAUGCUCUUUAAUCCAAAUCAAAAUUAAUCUUUUUGAACCAUAAGAAUUUAACUAUAGCUUAAUAUAAUUUAAAAUUAAUGAAACAUCAAUUUAUGGAUGUUAAAUUGAAUUUUAAUUCUUUAAAACUAUUUCAGAGGUGAAUUUGAUACAUUUAUUGAUACCGUUAUCUAAUUAAUCCUCAAGAUUUUUAAAUGAAAUAAGAGAAAUUGUAAUUACACCCAGAAAAUAAAUAUUUUACAAUCAGGAAUAAAAAGAAUAAGCCUUAUAAAUAGUUAGUGCUUCUAAUUAAUUCACAUUCCUUCUUUAAUUAAUUGGACCUCUUACUAUAAUCUUUGGUGGAUUAGACUCUUUUUGGACAAUUUUGGAGAUAUUAACUUGGAUAAAUUAUUUCUAUUUUUUUAAUAUAGACUAUCCACUUAAUGUUUAAUCCUUUUUUAAAGAAAUCUAAUGGGAUGAUAUUUUUGCCAUUCCAAAUUUAAUAGAACUUAAUUAACCUACAGAUUCUUAUUAUUUUGAAGCUCCUCCAAAAUUCGCUGAAAAAGGUGUCAAUCCACUAUUUAUCUAAAAUAUUUAAGUAUUUUGUAUUUUAUUUUUGAUUUCUAUUCUUAUUUACGGUUUAGCAUCCUUUAUUUUAAUGAUCUUUCAGAAAAAAUUGUUUAUUAAAACAACAUAAUAAACACAAAAAAUUUAAAUAUACACAAUUUGUUAUUAAUAAUAAUAAAUUGAAGGCUAAUAAUAAAAUUUACAAAAACCUCAUGAAAAUCUUUAAGAAAAUCUUUAAAAAUUAUCUAAAUUAUCAUUGUCAAUUUUUAAGUUUAAUUACGAAUAUAAAUAGAAUUUUUAGUCUCAUUUAUUUUCGAUAAUUGAUUUAUUUAUAUUAGAUAUAUUUAUGGCAAGCCUUUUACAAAUCACUUGCACUAAUAAUUUCAAUCAUUUCAUCUUAAUAAUUAAUUUUGGAUUAGCUUUAUUUGCUUUGAUAUUUAUUUUUCUUAUUUUCUAAGUGUAUUUUCAUGUUAGUUAAAAGCAUGCUCUCUUGUUAAAACAUUCCAUUUAUUAACGCAAAUUCUUUUCAAUAUACCAUUCAAUUAAUUUUGAAAACUCACAUGCCAAAAAAUAUUGUUAUUUAAAUAUUAUUCGAAAAGCAGCAUUUAUUUUUUCACUUUUAUAUUUUUACUAGAAGCCUUUGUUAUAAACUAUUUUAUGUUGUAUAUCUUGCUCUAUAAAUUAGGCUUUUUUACUUUAUGAAAAUCCUUAUAAAGAUAAAAUAUCAUUUUUCAAAACAGCUAUACCUGAUUUUUGCAUAUUUUUUGUUACAUUAUUAAAUGUUUUAAUAUCUCUAGAAGAUUAUAGCAAGAUAUUAGAUUUUGAAUAGAAAUAUAUAAUUGGAUGGAUGAUUAUCUCACUAAUAAGUUUAUCAAUUCUAGUUUAAAUUAUAUUUUUAUUCCAGUAAGUUGUAAAUAAUUUGAAAUCAAAUUUAUAAAGUAUAAGAGGCCUUCUUUCAAGUUGA